UGAGCAAGUUAUUCUAUCUAUACUUAAUCUGUGUCUAUUUAUACGGUGCUGUUACCAGUUACCAUAUGUGAAGAGUGUAGAGCUGAAUACCUGACGUGAAUUUUAUUUUUUAUUAUUUGUUGAAAUUAGAAUGGGUGGCAGCAAAAAUAAAUUACCAGAAGGUUGGUUAGAUUGUCCUCAAAAUGGAAAUUAUUUGGUUGCUGGAAAGUUUAUGCCUCUCAAAACUCCCUUAGAUGGAAAGUUCAAUAAUAAAUUACCUUCAGGAGCUAACUAUUCUCCUACUGAGUUAUUCACCAGAGCAAAGAGAAAUAAGGUGAAAAUUGGUUUGUGGGUAGAUUUGACCAAUACAUAUAGAUAUUACAAUAAAACUGAAAUAGAACAAGAACAAUGUCAAUAUGUUAAGUUAAGUUGUGUUGGCCAUGGAGAGUGCCCUUCUGUAGAGAUUACGAAAAAAUUCAUUGAUGUGACACAUAAUUUCUUUAUUAAUUACCCUGCCCAAUGUAUUGCAGUUCAUUGUACGCAUGGAUUCAAUCGAACAGGAUUUUUAAUUGUAUCUUUUCUUGUAGAGAAAUUGAAAUUUGAUGUUGGCAAAGCAGUGGAAGCUUUUGCAUAUGCCAGGCCUCCGGGUAUUUAUAGAGGGACCUAUAUUCGAGAAUUAUUUAGACGUUAUGGAAAUCUAUCCAAUGCCCCUCUAGCGCCACCACUUCCUAGGUGGUGUAGUGAAAAAAAUAAAACUAGGAAGUAUGGAAAAUAUCGUUAGUAUAAAUUGAAAGGAGUAUAUUUUUUGGAGAGAUUAGUUUUUGGUAAAAUAGCUUUAUGGCUUUCACUUCCCUAUCUUUAUACAAAAAAUUGAGGGACACUUCCAAAAAGGUAAAAAAGCAAUUAGGUUUAAAAUAAACUCUUCACAAAGAUGAGUAGACACAAUUUUUUGUAUAAAGUGAAAGCCAAAAAUUUUCUUUUCCAAAAAAUCAUUGGUAUGUUUUACAUAUCAAAGGUAAAGAAAAUGUUUUUUGUGUAAAAUCUGAUUUUUCAAAAAUUAUGUACAUAUUGAUAUUCAUACAAAACAUUGUUAUCAGGUAAUUAAAAUGUUCAGUAAUCUUGUCUUCAGUGGGAUGUCAGGUUCAUUUUAAAAAUGAUUUCUUCAAGGUACAGUAAAUCAAUAUUUUGCUGCUUGUUGAAUACGGUUUUAUUGUGUAGGGCAUAAUUUGCUGAAUUGGUUUUGAAGCUUUCUAACUAGUAGACAGAAGGUCAAGAUUGGAAACUAUAUAUCAACUAUAAUUUUUCUGUUCUACGAAAAUGAGUUUCAGUUAGCACUUUUAGUCUUGCCCAAAGAGCCCUGUGUAUUUUAGAAUAUUUGGAGAAGGUGGAGUUAUAUUCAAAAGAAAUAAAUAGUGAGUAGAGGAAGUCUCGUAUCAUUUUAUGAGAAAAUAUUUUCUUGGUGGGAGUAUCAUCUACCAGUGUUUUUCAAAAGAUGGUGAUCUAAACAUUUUCUAUUAUUCUGAAGCAUUAUUAGGUUCAAAAUAAAUUUCACGGCUUAGCACUUGUCCCAUCAUUAUAGAACAAAAAUAUUAAAAAAUUGUGUUACUAGUAUCUAGUUUGAUUCUGGUAAAUAUAAAUAAGUUUCAUAUU